AUGCAAUCCCGCCUCGGCCGACCUGACAUGGACGAGGUGCUCGAUGCAGACAUGCAAGGAACACCACCUCAUGCUCCGUUGUGUAGCGAUGAAGAAGUUGGGGACAACAGGGGCGAAAGCGACUCUGAUGAAUCGGAGUGGGGAACUGUGAGGGGCAACUUCCGCAUCAACGACAUCCUGAGGGAUAGAGAUGGUGGUGGUGACGCGGAGGAGGAAGGGGAGAUACAGCUGUACGUGCCAGAACCCGUCGUUACUCUUUGCAGCAGCAGCAAUCAGAAGCCGGAUGUACCACGCCUGCCAAUCGAGAGCUUCCCUUUUGGACGCCGUGUGUGGGUUGUGGACGAAGAGGACGUGCAUCUGCUGCUGCGCGAGUACUGGGAUGACUCCUACCGCGCUGUGUGUAAUGGUAGAUUGUCUGGAACAGUAGUGCGGCACUCAUACAACUUAACGCUCGUACUCUUUCACGACUCACACCUUGAUGUGACCUUUAGUCUGAGCCUGCCGCGCGCCUGUCUGUCAACGGCUCCCAUCGAAGCAUACAGCCGAUCACCGCACGUCAGUAGCGGUCUCCUCAACUCGUACUUUGGCAUUGGUAAUCUCGGUCCACGAACGGGGCGGGGCCGCGAGGAAUCCACAGCGACGGCGUUAAUAAAACGACAGUUCUACGAGGCCCUGCCGGUGAUGGAGGUGCAGGUGCAGCAGGGUCUGCCACGUUUGAGCUUGGCACAGGAUUUACUCCUUGAAGGGGCAUUUGAGGAGGCUCUUGCGCUUCUGAAUGAAUUGCUUGCUGGGGCAUCUGAAAGAGCCGAUGUAUUAGUUCUGCGCUCUCGCGCAAAUAUUUUCCUUGAAAAGUACGAGGAGGCGCUGAGGGAUGCGUUGGAUGUGAUUGCCUUGAACCCACAUUGGGUGAGGGGUUACCUUAGCGCCGCACGGGCUCAGAGUGGACUUGGGAAGUUUUCAACUGCUGCUUCGCAAAUCAAUCGGGUCAUGUUGAUGCUACCUCAUAGUCGAGAGCUGCGCAAAAUCGAGGAGCUCAAUGCUUUUCUGCAGAAUCUGCAAAGGGAACUACCAAGCAAGGAUUUGAGUCUGUAUUUGGAUUUCCGUUACGCGAAGCAGCUUCUCGCGUGUCGCCGGUUUAGGAAAGCUGAUGUUGUGUAUAGUGAAGACCGAGCGGUCCUUGCAAUGGAGUCCAUAUUCUCGGAUUCCCCGUCCCGCUGCUGUGUGUGCCUGAAGCCCCGCGGGGAAAUGAUGCGUGUCCCCGUAGAGUCUGGCGGUUGUGGCGCCUCCGAGGAGCUUGCAUGCUACUGUAGUGUGGAGUGCCAGCAGCGAUCGUCGCUCUUCUUCGCAAUGGAGCUUGGUCGUCACCGUGCUGCAGUGAGGGAUGCGCGCGAUCUCAUCUCCGUCACCUCCACGAUGCGGAUGCGGCACGCACCGCUCGACAUGGCGUGCAUGGCGGUGCGGCUAUACUUGAUGAUCUGUGUCACACACGAACGACUCUCGUCGCAGCAGCGUCGCCACGCCGAUAGCAGCACGUCGCUGGCGGGGGGUAGUCAAAGCGCCGGCUCCAAUGCAGGUGGCCUGCUGCCGCUGCAGGCCGCGCUAAAGCACCUUGGCGUUUUCCCGCUCCCCACUGACACACUGGGUGCACGUGUGCGGGAUGAGAUGUGCGUGGUGUACGACACACUCACACGGACCUUCACGGAGGAUGAGAAGCAGAUGUAUCCACUCGCCUUCUUCUACGCGCUGUACGAGUACGUGCGCACGUUUGCUGUUUCCGUCGUGGUGGAGGGAGAGAAGCCUGACUGCAGACUGUACUAUCUGCCGAAGCUGCUGGGGGCGGUGCGUCGCGUUGAGCCAGCGAAGGCGAACUGCGUUGUUUCGAUUGAUCACGCCACUAUGCGUAUGUCGCUGGUUGCGGUCCGGGACAUUUUAUCCGACGAGACGCUAUCCAUUCCCAUGUGGGAUGCGGCCAACACGCGGUGA